CAUGGCAAGCGGAGGACUGAUCACAAUCUGUUGAUUCCUGAGUCUGAUCUAAAAGGAAUAGGAGCUGAACUGCACUAUACGCAGAGAGGAGGAGACAUUACAUUUCAUGGUCCGCGCCAGGCCAUCUUGUAUCCCAUUGUUUCGCUUCGGGAUAUUGGGCUUGGGGCUCGGAGAUAUGUGGAGAAGCUUGAGUUGACUAUGAUUGAAUUGGCGUCUCAGUAUGGCGUGAAGGCUUGUCCGGGGCAAGCAGGAGAGACUGGGGUGUGGGUUGGAGAGAGAAAGAUCGGUGCAAUUGGCGUGCGCAUUUCAUAUGGAGUCACCUCUCAUGGGUUGGCAUUCAACAUUGAUCCGGAUUUGAACUAUUUCAAGCAUAUUGUGCCGUGCGGUAUUGCUGAUAAAGAAGUUACGUCUCUGAGAAAGGAGACGGACUUGGUGCUUCCUACAGAAGAAGUAGUUCACGACCAGUUGAUUUCUUGCUUUGCAAGAUUGUUUGGUUAUGGUAAUGUUGUGUGGAAGGAUUCUGCUUCUUCAUUAUUGUCAGACAGUGGGGAAAUCAAAUGAGAUAUGUAUUGGUUUUCAAAUGAAUCAACUGAGUAAGCUUCGUGCUCUUUCAUCGAUUUCAUUUGUCAAAUUCCUACUACUGAUUUGUAAGUUUAUCUCAUCUGUACUAGGGUGAUGCCCUGUUUUCAAUAUUUUUAUGAAUACAAUAAAACAAUCUUGC